CACAACGGUGUGAACGUACCUUAACGCCGCCGCACUGCGCCCCGGAACACGGCGAGAACGGCCACUCGUGGGCUGUGGGUUCUUUGCCACAAUGAUAAUGAAGAGGUCGCGCUCACUCUGGGCUCUGACGCAAUGAAAACGAAGCCAACAGCGUAGCUGGGAUCGGCUGCUCCGGCGAGGUCCCGCCCCGCCCGGACGGCCACCUGCGCCCCCGCUACGGCCUCACCUCCGUGCCCGGCUGCUCGGCCCGGUUCGGACGCACAGCCCGGGCCGCGCGGGUGGAUCCACAGCCAUCGCCGCGGGCGGCGGAGCGGAGCCGACACAGCCACCGGCCCCAGGACCAGCCGACCCACCUGGACACCCCGCACCCCGGCCCCGGGGGACACCCCCAUGGCCGCGCGGGGCCCCGAGGCCCCCAGCGGGCGCGCGCUGCGGGAGGCGGCAGAAAAUCUAUUUCAGGAACUUCAAGAACAUUUUCAAGCUCUGACUGCAACAUUAAACCUCAGAAUGGAAGACAUGGGAGGUCGCAUUGAAGACUUGCAGAAAGACGUGAACGACUUGAUGGUGCAAGCUGGGCUCGAAGGUUCCGCUCAACAGCCAAUGACUUGAAGACAGAAGAGCAGUCAUUGGAAAACGUGAAAACUGUACUUUUUGAGUAAUAAUGGGC